AUGGAAUCUGUAGCUCUGAUCGCCGUCAUCCUGGCUCUACUCACAGAGAUCAUAUCUGGUGCCACCAUCACAGGCCCCACAGCACCACUGAUAGCAGGUAUCAGCUCUGCCAACCUGAGCUGCCAGGCAACCGCUGGCACCAUCACCUCCAGACAGUGGCUGAAGGAUGGUCAACCACUGUCUCCUAGCAACAGAACCACCAUCUCAGAGGACAACAGUUUUGUGUCCAUUGACCCUGUGGAAGGCAGUGAUAAUGGAGAAUACCAAUGCACACUCAUCAACCCUGUGAGCGAUGACACUGCCAGCUACAACCUGAUCGUCAACUACGGACCACAGGAUGUUGUCAUACAGGGAGAACGUGAGGUAGAAGUUGGUCAGAGGGUGGAGCUGAAAUGUUCUGCUUUAUCGAUACCUCCUGCAACAUUCACCUGGACAGUCAACGGGACAGAGACGGAUGUGAAGACAGCUGAAUAUACCAUAGAGAAAGCCACCCAUGGCAACAGUGGGGAUUACAUCUGUGUGGCCAGCAAUGCAGUGACUGAAUCAACUCAGGCUUCUCCUGUCCACGUUUUGGCUGUUUAUGAGAGGAUAUCUGGUGCCACCAUCACAGGCCCCACAGCAGCACUAACAGCAGGUAACAGCUCUGCCAACCUGAGCUGCCAGGCAACCGCUGGCACCAUCUCCUCCAGACAGUGGCUGAAGGAUGGUCAACCACUGUCUCCUAGCAACAGAAUCACCAUCUCAGGGGACAAAAGCUCUGUGUCCAUUAACCCUGUAGAAGGCAGUGAUAAUGGAGAAUACCAAUGCACACUCAUCAACCCUGUGAGCACUGAAACUGUCAGCUACGCCCUGACCGUCAUCUACGGACCACUGGAUGCGGUCAUCCUGGGAGAGGACACGGCAGCGGUCGGCUCGACCGUCGUGCUGUACUGCUCGGCUCCCUCGGUUCCGCCGCCGGCCUUCGCCUGGGAGGUGAACGGGACACAGACGGGCGUGAGGACCGCCGUGUAUGUCAUAGAGAUGAGCAACGACACGGACAGCGGGACGUACGCCUGCCUGGCCACCAAUGACGUGACGGGACUCAGUGCCUCUGCUCGCCACGAACUGACAGUUAAAGGUGAAAUGCAGAAACGUAUCCUGUAG